UGGAACUGAUGGGAGUGGCUCAAACCCCGGUCUCUUCAAGGGUCUGAGCCACUGGUCCAAGCACGGAGGACAAUAGAAUUUGCGACUUGUCUUGUAAUGGCAGGUAGCUUUGACGACAGACAGUGGAACACAUUUGUGGCCACCAAGUGGCCACACAAUCUUUUCGCGUAUGCGAUUCGAUUCGAUCUGGCAGAUCACGCUGUUUCUAUUCUCUGCACCUGCAUGGUGGUAUGGAGGACCAUAUGUUCGCAUAUGCUUAUUGUAUUUUCGGUAUCGGUUCUGUUACAGUAACAAUGGCGUUCUGGAUAUGUAACUAUAAUUACAGGCACGUCAUGCUCACAUGGUAGUAGUCUGAGAUGCGGUGGUCAAACGUAGGGAGACCACAGGUCUCACUGGCGUUUAGAUAAGAUCACAGAAUUGCUGGACAAGUGGCCCUGUGGUUGGAACGUCCCCCAUGUCAAGAAGUCACAUGGCAAGAUGGCCGAGCGGU